AUGUGGACCGACUCGCCGCGCUCCUCGUCCUCCCUGGAAGACCCCAAAGAGGCCGCGCUGCUCCUCUCUUCCCCAUCGCCCACAAAACGCCGCUAUCUCACCCGGCGCAACCUCCUGCUCGCCAUCCCAGUGCUCUCGGUCAUCAUUUUUAGCGUCAUCUUCUUCCCGGUCCACUUCGUGCAUCGCGCAACGAAGGAGUCUGUAGAUGCAUACGCACGUUCCAACCCGCCCUUGAGGAAGACGGCCGUCGGCGAGGUGUGGCAGCAAGCCGUCAAGUUUACCGACCUCAGCGACUUUCGGAUCAAGUACUACUCGAGUGGGCAGAACAACAGCCGGGUGCUGCCAGGAUUGCCUGCGAGUGCGCUGGAGAGGAGAGACGUGAGUAGGGCGAGGAGGGAGCGCCGUCAGGACUCGUCGACGUCAACGCUUCCUGCACGCACCUCAACGACCUCUGCAUCCACCUCUUCAUCCACCUCUACGACCUCAUCAGCUGCAACAACAGCCUCGUCGGUGGCAGCAGUUUCGUCGGACAGCGUUCUGCAAAUCUUCUAUCCAGCACACUCCUACUCGCCCUCCGUCAACCCGGUUGGCGGCACGCAAUUCUACGCUUUCACCCCGUUUGACUUGUCUCAAGCAACAUCCGUGACGCUCAACUACUCUGUCUACUUCCCGUCCAACUACACCUUUGUCCAGGGUGGCAAACUCCCGGGUCUCUACGGGGGUGCGGAGGGCUGUGGUGGGGGAAACAACGCCAGUGACUGCUGGAGCAGCCGCAUGGCCUGGCGGACCGAUGGCGCGGGGGAACUCUACGCCUACCUCCCCCAAGCCAAACAGAACACAUCCGCGAUGCUAGCCGUGCCCCCCAAGAGCUACGUCAACAGCGACUACGGCAUCUCGCUCGGCCGCGGCAGCUUCAGCUACGCCACCGGUGGCUGGACCAACAUCUCCCAGACCAUCACACUGCAGCAGGGCAAGGGCAAGCGAAAUGGCGUGUUCGAUAUCAAAGUGGAUGGGAAGCAGGUGAUCUACUAUGAUCAGGUGUACUAUCCGAGGGGCAUCAAGGGCAUUUUGUUCUCGACGUUCUUUGGCGGCGCUACAGAGGAUUGGGCGACGCCGGUGGAUCAGUACUCGUACUUCAAAGGGUUUAGCGUUCGGAUCAACGCGCUGAGGUAG